AUGUCCACCUCCAGUAAUGAGGGGAAAAGCGCAAUCGUCAGCGACGAAGCUCUCAAACUCUUCGUAACGGAUAUCUUGCCAGUGAUGGGAGAUGAUACGUUCUUGGCUUCGCCUCUCCAAAUCAGUUCCAGUGGACUAAAGCACGUUGCGGCAAACGACGGCUCUAUUGGAGUCAACUAUCCUGGAUUUUUUGGCUCUGAUAGAAACACAGAACCCCCCGUAAUUAAUUUUGAGGUCAGUGUUUUCGCUAAGGAGGUUGCUGAGAUGAUUGGAAGCAUGUUUACUCAGAGAUCUAAGAUACCCGGCACCAGGCACAAUGACCAGGAAACAUUCAUUGCUAGUAUGCAUGGAACACUUUUCUAUAUCAGUGCAGCAUACUUCUCGCCUGAGUACAUCAAAUAUCUCGAGGCGCCACCCCAACACGCUGAGACAAACUUGUGGUGGGCCCUGAUAAACUAUGUCGCAAGUGGGGAAGCAAAAAUCAAUAUUGUGACUGCAGCAAUUGACGCAGCUCCACGCUAG